AUGGAAUACGUAUGUCUUGUAUGUGAGCAAAUGAUAUGCAUGGUCUACGCGGCAGAUGCGGUUGAAUUUGUUCACCAGAGCGCGCGCACUACUAGCGAUCAGAAACCUUUAUGUGACUUGGUAGAAGCGUCAUUUACUGCUACAAGCGGCACAUUAAUCUCAGAGACAUCUGCAGAUAAACCGAAUGAAAUGUCAGAUAGUGCGCAAGCGGCUCGGUGCUGUAAAUGCGACGGCAUUUACCACGUUCCGUGUCUACUGAAGCAGGGGAAUGUUUUGGACCAAGGGGAUUCGACGUUUACAUGCGUUAGAUGUCACUCCAAAACACAGAAACUAGUUCAUGAAAAAGUUGGUUCACUUGACGAUGACCUGCUGCCAGUUUUGGUGCCAGCAGUAGCUUUUCCAUAUGUUAAACAGGCACAGAUGCCUGAAAAUCACAUAAAAUGUGAAAACUCGCUGGAAAACUUUGAUCAGAUCAUGAUAGAUAAUGGAAAUAAGGGAUGGACAGUGUCGUCAUCGACAGUAGAAGUGUGUACGACUUGUCGACAGGUUCAAAUUGCUGCUGAAGAUCAAGAGACGUGUCUUAAGUGCCACAAUGCCCAAUUGCAUCAUCGCUGUGUUGCUCGAUUUGAAGCCAAAGAUGAUGAAGUAAGUGUGAGAAAAAUAAUUAAUGAUGGUAUCAGCAAAAAGAGACGUUGCACAUCACUGAAAACUGCAUCGAAGUGGUGCGCUAGAUGUUCAUUAGCCAAUAAUGAACCGAUCAUUGAUGGAUCUAUUGAAACGCGCACGCUUGCAUUACUUGUAAAUGAUAACAAUGUGCCCAAGAAAUAUAAUGAGUGUUGCACCUGCAAGCAAAAGUUUUGUUUACAAGAAUUUUGUGAUGGUGAAGAUACAGACGUGAGUUUGCAAGAAAUACUUGCGAUAGCGCCUUUGAACGAUACUCACGAGACUCAGUGGUCGUGCAUACACUGUUCGUCCGCUACAACUUCACCUGCUUUAGUGACGCUGCUAGUUUGUGAUGAAUGUGAGCGUGAGUAUGAUAUGGCCAGUGUUUACCCUUCAAUGGCGAGUGUGCCGCCGGGAGAUUGGUUUUGUAAUGAUUGUGCCUUAAAUCGUGGCAAUAUCAAGUCUAAUGUAACAUAUGAAUCCGUGACGUUAUUGAUUUGUGACCUGUGCGAUUGUGAAUACGAUAUGAAGGCACUGGAUCCGCCACUUAAUGAGGUCCCGAGUGGUGAUUGGUUUUGUCCAGCUUGCAUCUCUGCGACCCAAGGUACUUCACAAAAGGGUUGCAAUGAGAAUAUUGAAGCAGGUGGGCAAUCUAAGUAUAAGGCUCAAAAUACAGUGCCGACUACUUUAAAGCAUGAGGUGAUCGUCACAGUUCUGCUAUGCGAUGGGUGCGAUCACGAAUUUGAUCCGUUAAGUUUAGACCCACCUUUACUCGUUAUACCGGAAGGUGAAUGGUUCUGUCCUGCUUGCACCGAUGCACGUGCAUCAGAUGGUGUACAAAAGUGUGCUGGGUGUGAUACGAUCUUUCAAGGUGGUGGCAGUACUGUUGAUCGCUUGCACCGUCCAAGUGGAAUUGUAGAUGGCGUUCUGUUGUGUGAAGCCUGUUCCAAUUUGCAAGUAGGAUAUUCACGUCGACGACUUGUGCCUACCGCUCCGCAGUCAUUAACAGCAACUAAGAGCAGGAAGCGAAGUCGAGUCACUGGAGCGAAAGUAGAUCUCAAGGCUAUCAAACAUUUCAAGACCGAGAACAUUGCUUCUGACAAUAGUUCAGCUUUUCAUCAGUCGUCUCAAUCAACGUCUACGAAAGUGUCUGACGAAAAUUCUGACUUAUGUGUACGUAUCCCAAAGCCACUGACCUUUGUGCCGUCAUCUGCUAGCGCUCGAUAUGAAUUAGACAGUAAACAAUCAAGUGGUUGGAGCUAUAUAAAUCCGAGUGUUAUCAUAGCCGACCCGGAUGAUCAGUUGACUGGAAGCAACAUAGACGACGUCGAGGAAAGUGGCAUCCUCAUUGUAUGCGACAUCUGCUUCGGAGAAUUUAAGAUGUUGGACGUACUUGGUACAGAUGAAGCUUCAGCCAUUCCUGCUCGUCCUUGGGUUUGCAAACCAUGUAUUCGAGCUCUAAAGCGUAGUCGAAAGAAGCGACCACGCUUUUCUAAGCAAAUGGUGCUGGAAAUGCAAGUCUAUGGUCGAUUAUUGCGCGCGUCAGCGGCCAAGGUCAUGGAUAUUGACGCGUCUAUCCGUCUUGGGUAUCCGCCAAACUCACAUGAAGAGCGACGUCGUAUGUACGAGCUUGUUGGUAAAAGUGUGGGAGUCUUCCUGCAGUGGGACAAGCACUGGGUUAUGGGACGAAUUUUAGCUUUUCAAUCGACGCAUUCUUCUAUGCAUCAUACAAUCCGAUUUGAUGAUGGUGUAAUCGCGUCGCUACCGCUUUAUGCGCUCCCUUUGGUCAUUGGAACGCGCACAAUGGUUUACGUCAAAGCCCCAGUACAGCAAAACCGGUGGUGGCCAGCACAGAUCUUGCAUAUCAAUGCGUAUGCAAAGAAGCUGCUCACACCGACACAAGAGGAUGAAAUUACAGCUCGUGGGCACUUUCAAUUCGUUCGAAUCUUCGCUGCUAGCGAAAAUGUAGCAUGUUGGGUUCCGAAUCAUUUGUGUAGAAGUAUGAAGCGAUUUGUGCCGCCUCUAGAUGACCUUACGACGUCAACUACGAAGGAAGUUGAGUCAACAAAGCUGUCUAGAUCAAUCGAACGCGCAAAACACGAGUUACAAGCUGAAACAGACCAGCUUAAUCGCGCUUUUAAAGCAUUACUACUUGGAUUUAGACGAAUAUUAGCCACUUCGGCACAUAUGGAACCCGCUAAGGGAAUAAAGCGGCCGAGCUCCAGACACUUGAAUGUGAUAGAUCGUUGCACGCAAGUCGCUCAUGUGCUGGUUGAUAAAACAAUUGUUAUCACGUCAUCGGGCUCGUUCAACGAGCGCCUGUUGGCAGGAAACUACAUAGUGACGAAGUUUGACAUCGACUCGAAGAAGCAUCAUAUUGCUGACUUCAAUGACACAAUUGCUAAUUCUGACAUUCUAGUGGAUCUACUUCAAGGUACAGAUGGCGUCGAGUAUUAUUUGAAGGACGGUGCUUCGUUUGGUGAGCUGGCGACUCUACUCUUGCUUGAUGGUUCGGGCGUAAGUGGUGGCAUUCCUGGUGAGUUCCAGUCGAAGAAAAUGCUUGAAAAAGCGAUUAUCGAUGAGACUGGGAUCCAUUGCUUAAAUACUGACUCGGCAGCUGCCGGGACACACGAAGGAGAUGGUUUGUGUAGCCAUUGUUUGCUCAAUGCAGAGGACUGUCAAGACAGGGAGGACACUCAAGACAUUGACAAUCGUAAUAAAAAGGAAGAUCUGGUCAUAUGCGUUAAGUGCGAUCGGCGAUUUCACUCGACGUGUUGUGACCCACCGCAUGCACCACUUUCCCUUGUAAGCCCAGACGACGGAACAGUGCUUGUAUCGGAUCUUAGAAUUCCGUUUGUUUGCAGUGAGUGCACGGUGUGUGCUGGAUGCCGCGAUGAGGGUUGUCCGGUUGUGGAAUUUGAGUGGAAGCCGCGCUGGUCACAGUGGCGUCUACCUCUUAAACCCGCUUCACUAUGCACAAAGUGCAUUCCGUACUAUAAGGCGAACCGUUUUUGCAGUGUUUGCAACUUUGUCCUUGAUGACGACACCCUGGCGGUGCAAGUGGAUCUUUUAAAUUGUUCAAUGUGUCAUCACUGGGUUCACGCAGCCUGCGAGCCAGACGCUAAUCCAGCUUUUCACGCAUUUAGCAGCACAAGCGAAUUUGCUCUCGAUGUUGUGACGGAUGUUGAAUCCGCAAGUCGUGAGGCUGAUUCCGAAUCGGUCUCGAGUUUUAGGACUCCAGUGGGUAGUCGCAGUCCAUCGGAGGAACGCAGUGUGGCACUUGGUAAUAGUUACGGACUGAAUAAAGAAGACGGGGCGGUCAAGACGGCCAAACAGAUGGAAGAAGAAUUUGCACGCUCACUAAGUUUCCAAGCAGACUACGAUUCUAAAGUGUUACAUCAUUACGAGUGUCUGACGUGUCGUAAGGUUCGAAUGCUGCACAUUCUUCAUCGUCUUGGAAGUGAAGAUAAGCUUGAUCUGUUUAAAGAGCCUGUGACAGAGACCAUCGCACCCACAUAUUUUGAGAUCAUUAAAUCACCAAUGGACUUAAGCACUAUGCGGCAAAAGAUUUUGGAUGGAGCGUACACAAACGUCAACUUUCGCUCCUUUCGGGACGAUUUUGAACUAAUGUGCUUGAAUGCUGUCACGUUUAAUACAAAAGAACGAGAUUUUCUAAUUUGGCGAGAAGCGUGGCGAUUUUACGGACAAGGACAGCGUAUUCUUCGACAAACGGCACCAAAAGCGCGUAUGAAACAGCGUGGCGGACGUCACUACGACGCGCUCAAGGUCGCGGCCAAGCGACAAUUGCCCAAUAAUUCGGCACUGGCAGGCAAGCCUCAGUCGGGCGAUGCACUUGACAAUAUUGGCGAAGCUGGCGAGGAUGAAGAUUUAAAUGAAGAUGAAGAUGGUGAUGGCGAUGAUGGAUCAGAUACAGGAUCGGACCGAGUCAAUGGGGUACAGGAAGGUAGCAUCAUAUUAAGUGAAGUCGGAUCGGAAGCUCCAAUACUGAAGAACACAGUGGCGAAACGGAAGGGCUCGAUCUCGACAGAAUCAACCCAACGAGAUGAAGAUAAAACGAGCGGCAGUGCUGGUGUUGACUCCAAUAGUAAUUCAGCUUUAGCCUUGACUCCAGAUCGUCGGAGUGUUAUGACAAAUGAGGCCUGUGAGUUUCAGACGAAGCUUCGAAUGGCGACCUUACGGUCGCUUAUAUCGCGUUUUCUGAUCGUACAGACCCGGACGUCAGCGCAUACUUACAGCUGGCUAGAUCUCUGUACCGUGUGUGGAAGCGCGGGUCUUUCAACGGAAUAUAUCUUCUGUGUCGAUUGUGGGGAAGGGUUCCACUGGUUUUGUAUCCCUGGAAUGAAUGCUGAUCGGCUUCACGACAAUGAUCACUUCCGUGCGUACUGGCGGUGUGCUAACUGCAAAAUGUGCGAGAUUUGUGGCCAGCCAGGAACAGUUUUUGGCGCGAACAGCAAUUCGAAGCGUCCUCCUGCAACGGCUGGCAACGUGGACGAUCCAGCCUCAUCCUUGCAAACGAGUGGAGGAGAUAAUGACCAGACACUGGCACUUUCGAACGCUGAGUCUCUCUUGGUUUGUAAACAUUGUGACCGUGGCUAUCAUGGAUCUUGUUUGAGACCGGCGAUCAAAAUGUCAUGUAAUUCAAAGAGAGAAAAUGAGACAGCUUUCAUUUACUGUGCCAACUGUGUGACGUGUACAACGUGUGAAGAUACAUCACGCGACAGGCUUAAGAGCCAGCACUUGGGAGACUCUAAUGAAGAUGAUCUGUCGGUUCUGGAACGUAUGUACAGUUACGAACGGUCUAAGUGUCUGCACUGUUACAACCAGAAUGCGCGUGACAUUCAAGCACAAAAGGAGCGCACUCGACUAUUGACUGAAGUGUGGACUACCGCGGCUUUCGAUAAGAAAAAGGAUGCAGAAAGAUGUCCACUUUGUCGACGCAAGUGGGCCGCUGAUGUAGAAGAGCUCAUGCAAUGCGAUGCAUGUGAACGCUGGGUUCAUCCUCCUUGUGAUGCGUCGCUGAAAGCCAAUCCCCAACGCUAUGAAACUCUGGUUAAUGAUCCAAACGCUGUGUACGUGUGCGUUGCUUGUCGUCCUCAAAACCGUCACCACGUUCUGGAAAAGAUUGCAGAUGGCGAAGGCUGGCGUUGCCAGGUGCUGAUUGCCGAGAUCCAGCGCAAGCGCUCUCAGUGUGAUUCCAGCUGGAAAGAGACGCACAGGCAGCUGGCCCAGGUGGAGCGCUGGAUUCGCUUAGCGGACAAUACUGCCGUGUACUUGUAUGUCCUCCGUCUGGGUGAAGAAUGUCUGCGCAAUUUUGCGUACCGUAGUCUGAACUUUCAAAGCGAUUGGUACCGAUUUACCAAACAACAAGAGCUCGACGAGUCUCAUUUGGUGGUUCCCGACUGGUUGUUGCGUAAAGCUAAUCGGUAUAUGCGAUUUAAAAGAUAUAUGCGUGGACCACGCGUGGCUAUGCGACGCCAGGCACGAAAAACGGCGAGUUUUUACUCAAAACAAGCGGUGGGUCUCAAUUCGCGCAAAGACGCGAGCGCGAUUUGUAUGAUCGUGUCGGAAGCUGCCAGCUGUGCCGCACUAUUGGCGUGCAUUCAUUUGUUGUACGGAUGGCGACCGCUGCCCGAGGUGGUUAUUCACUUAUUGUCAAGCGAUGAGGACGCAGUCACUGGGACGGCAAACCGAAAACUCGACGAAAUGUUACUACAGCGACUACGAAGUGGCGAGAUUUUGGAUGGUCAAGUAGCACAACCGCGACUUGAAUUGGAAGCGGAGAUCGCGACGAUUAAGGAUCAGUAUGAUCGUCGGGUAAGCAAGAGGCAUCUUGUGCAUGCCCCAACUUCUGAGCAGAACGUCUUUGGGUUUGGGACAUGCUCGUCAAACGCCGAAGUGAAGGACCAAAGUCAAGAUGAGGUAUUGGCAGCAAAUGUGAAGACGAGCAAAGUCGUCGCAUCCACUGCUGUAGAAACGAAUUCCAAUGAUUACAAACAUGUGACGCCUGCUAUGAUAGCUCGAUCUAGUUCUAAUCGUGUAGAUAUGACGACUGUUGCUCCUUUGCAUGGGUGGCCAACGAGUGAAACCGCAGCUCCUUUUGACGAUUCUCGAUUUUGUGCCUUAUGUUUUAUGGUUGGUGAUAACUCGGCGUGUGGACGCUUGCUGUACACCGAAUUAGAGACAUGGGUCCAUGUCAAUUGUGCACUAUGGUCAAUGGAAGUUAACGAAGAUGGAGCAGGCGUCUUGCACAGAUGCAGUAAGGCUAAGCAUCGCAGUCGUCUUAUUAGAUGCGAUGCAUGCGGUUUGAUGGGUGCAACGAUCGGGUGUGCGAUUGCACGAUGCACACGGCACUACCACUUUCCAUGUGCCGUAGAUGCAGGCGUGGCGUUUUUGAUGACCGGCGAGACAUGUUGUCCUUUGGUGCUGCAUCUAGACAUGAUGGCAAAAAGGGUUGGUGAAAAACCUAUGAAAAACAAUGAGCUUGUACAGGUGAAGCCAGCAGAUGAGGCUGCGACUAUGUCAGCUGCGAUUAUGAACGCAGACUCACCAACUGACGAUGGAGGUAUGUCAAAUGCAGCGGUCAAAAGCAAUGAUAGCUCUGAGUUGGAUGAUAUGAGCUCUGCGGAUGAAACUGGAUGCAAAGUCUCAGCAAGUUGUGAAGCGACAAUAACACCAAUGCCUACUAUGCCUAUUGACAGCAUCAUAACUGCUGAAAGUGAUUUGAAGUCACAAGAUGAAGGUGCGCCAAUAAACCAAGAGAAUAAAACAACUGAAAUUUCUGGAGAUGAAGUGAUGUCGGUGGUGCAGUCCGAAUGCGAGUUGCCGGUGGUCAAUCCUCGACCUGAGCCUCGUCGCUCUCUUUUCAGUGAUCCCCCCCUUCUCGCAGUAUCUGAUUUGAAAAAAAAGAAACGAGCGGAGCUAAAACGUGGCAUUAAGCCUCGCCCGAUGUGUUACCGUGUGGGUGCGCUUACAGUUCAUUCUCUCGGUCACAUUUUUGUGGGUAACGCAAGUUUUCACACGCGAACCGCACUUUAUCCACUUGGCUACCGCAGUACGCGCAUCUUCUGGAGUACACAAUCCUUGGCAACGCGGUGUCUUUACGAAUGUGUGGUUUCAAGCACUGAGAUUGAGGAGCGGCGUGCUCGACGUCAAAAUCGAGUAGAAAACGGCGUCGCCGAUGAUGACUGGAAAACAAACGAUUUUGAACAAGAGCGACGUCGACCACGCGCUGUGUUUAAGAUUAUCGCUUCAGACGCUCAAGAUAGACCUAUCAUCGCCUCCACGCCUGAAGAUGCGCUCAUCGAGCUGCGUAGCCGUAUUGUCUCACUGUAUGAAGAGCAACGAGGUUUUGGUACGCAAAGUGUGGGAUGUCCUGGAACGUUGGAGACAGAGCGCAAUCCUUUUUUAAAGCGUAGUUCUUGGUUUUCGUUUGCUCUGAGUGGCGAUUACUUCUUUGGCUUUGGCCUGCCUGAAAUCCUUCACAAGAUUGAAGAGCUUCCGUAUGCUGCUACGACUGCAGUAAGUCGACGCGCGGUGUUACGAAGGAUUCGACAGCAGCAACAGCGUCAAGGACAAAGUCCCUUGGCUACUUGUGCCGCUGCAUCGUGGGGAUAUGGCUCUCGUAAACGCAGCCACGACAGAAUGGAGCAGUCUGAGACGAGUGGAGUGCAUACUAUGGCUUCCCUCGAAGUGAUAGACGACAAGGAAGAGCCGUAUGAGUUUAUUUACGUGCUACCGUCUCCUGAGGCGUUUCAGACGGCCGAACGUAUCUUGGAACAACUCGCACGGGCUGAACAGCGUGCAUGGCAGUCUUCUGGCUGUGCUCGAACAGAUGGCUUUGAAGGCAAUCGCUUGUUUGGUGCUUUCAAGAAAGCCAAGAUAAUGCCGCGACGCCAAGCUUUGAGCAAAGAAGUGACAGUUGAGGCUGUAUCUGGAGCUACCAGCGGAGUAGCAAUGGAUAUCGAACAUUUGCCGAUCACAAUGCAGUACCGAGAACUUCGACGUCGACCUUUUGAUGAGCGGAUGUUUGUACGCAAGUCAACAAUUCAUGGCUAUGGAUUGUUUAUGAAGGAGGCUGUGAGUGAAGGACAGAUGAUUGUCGAAUAUCAAGGACAGAUCAUUGGUCAAAGUGUGGCAGAUGAGCGGGAACGACGCUACGAAGAACAAGGCGUUGGCAGUUGCUACAUGUUUCGCUUGGAUGACCAAACAAUCAUCGAUGCUACUCGCUGUGGUAACUUGGCUCGAUUUAUCAAUCAUUCGUGUGAUCCAAAGGCGUUUGCACGUGUUGUGGUAGUGGAAGGAGGAGAAAAGAAAAUUGUAAUUUUUGCCAAACGUGCGAUCGCUGCUGGAGACGAAGUGACGUAUGAUUAUAAAUUUCCGAUCGAAGACGAAGCCAUUCGCUGUGACUGCAACGCAUCCAAUUGUAUUGGCCGCAUGAACUAG